AUGUUUUCGAGAACAAAAUAUAAUUUCCAUAGCGUACACAUACAACAGGCACAACUUAAAAAUAAUUAAUAUCUUAUAGGAGUGUGGUUCAAGAAUUCGGUCAGUUGUCAGAUCCAUUAUUUUUCGUUUUACCACCAAUUUAAAUCGAGUAGGACCCUAGUGUGUAGCGAAUGUAAAGCUAAUUUAGAAUUUUUCAGGGACUCUUUCCAAGAAAUCGCCCGUGCAUUUUUGUAUGCAGCAUUGAUAUUCUUCGAGUUCCUCAUUUGUUAUUGCGUUCCUUCCCAGGAGUUAAUUGACGAGCAGAUGGUACGAACACGUAGGUAG